AUGGUCCGUGAUACUCUUGUCUCUCUUGCUCAGGCUCCUGGUAUUCGUGCUACUGCGGAGCAUAAUGUCGGUUGUUUAGGCAUCACCACACGUUAUGGAAAGCAUAUCGCUCGCCUUCCCCGCGCCCAUGUAUUGUUACCAAGUUGGUCUGGCGGGCGAUCUGUCUGUGUCGAUGUUGCUGGGGUGUCUGCCUUAGCCCAUACGGACCUUCGUGGCUUGGGUGAAGCUGCUCGUGCAGCCGCUCACGAUAAAAAGGAGAAAUAUGUGUUACCUGUAGUCUUGCUGGAUUUGGUUUCCUUCCAUUUGCUUUUGACACCAUGGGUUACCUUGCGCCCGACGCUGAAGAACUUUUACGUCGCAUUCAAGCCGCGUUGGCUCACUCGCAAUCUGCUCAUGAUCAAACUCGACAUGGCAUCUACACAUCUUGCCGCAGUUCUUCCCUCUCGUGGUGCAGACAUGGUCAUCAUGGAACGACCAACGCCAACUCCUGGUGCAAACGAGGUGUUGAUUGAAGUCAGUGCUGUUGCAUUGAACCCAAUCGAUAUGAUGCAACGAAAGUCUGGAUUUCCUUCGAUCAACUACCCGGCUGUGCUUGGAAGUGAUGUCUCUGGUACCGUCAUCGCGGUUGGACCUACAAUGCCGGCCGACGCUCCUGUCGUUGGUACACGUGUCGCUGCAUUCUGUCCCGCGUUCUUCGUCAAGGGCAAAGAAGAUUAUGGUGCCUUCCAAAAGAAGGUCAUAGUACCAGUCUCAGCCGUAGUAGCCAUCCCCGACACUCUCGCAUUCAACGAAGCAGCCAUCUUACCAAUGGCUGUCCAAACCUCAUGGGCUGGAUUUAUCAAGUCUGGUCUUACACGAACGACGUCGUAUACUCCCGAAGAUAAGAGGGGACUGCUUGUAUGGGGUGCUUCCUCCAGUGUGGGAUCAGCUGCAGUACAAAUUGCAAAAUCAAUGGGAUUCACAGUUUAUGGUACCGCUAGCCCCAAAAAUCACGAGUAUAUCAAGAGUCUCGGUGCAUCUAGGAUGUUUGAUUAUAACGACAAGGAUAUUGUGGCGACUAUUGUAAAGGCUGGAAAGGAAGAUGGGUUGAUGAUUGAUUUCUCGUUUGUUGCUACAGGGGAUUUCACUCCGGUGCUCUCGAUUCUCAAAGAACUAAAGAAGCCUGACACCAUUGCAAGGAUUGCACUAGCACCAUUUGCUUUGAAGAUGUUGUGGUGGAGCCUAUUCCCACAAUGGAGAUCAACCGAGGUCAAGUUUGUGUCUAUGAGUGAUAAAUUUGAAGAACGGAGCGAAUUCUCUCACUUUAUAUUUGGGGUCUGGCUGAAAGACAAGUUGGCAUCUGGGCAAUUUGUGGCCAGCCCAAAGAUCAAGCUUAUAGAAGGUGGUCUAGGGGCCAUUCAAAAGGCUCUGGAUGUGGACUUGAAGAAGUCGUCUGCUGAGAAGCUCGUUGUUCCACUAUAG